GGGAGAGGAAGCUGUGGAACAAUACCUUGACCUGCUGGCCCUGCUGCUGGAUGGAUCCGUGUUACAGGGCAUGAAGUGUUCUGUGACUCUGCCUGGUGGUUCUCCAGCCUCUCGCGUACCGGACAUCUUCUUGGAGACAGCAACAGCGCUGAUUCUUGUGGCCAGAUUCCAAGAUUCACUGACUGUGUGUGAAGAGCUGCUCAGCCGGAUAUCGCUUUUGGUCCCUCAGAAACUGUGGCUGGGUCAGGGGGAACCUAGCCUCUGGCCUUCUCUAUCCCCUGUCUCCCCUCUCCCAGACGACCCCUCAGAGCCUCUGUUCUACCUAUUGUGGGCCUCAGCUGCCCACCUGCUUCAAGGGCAGGCCCAUUCUGGCCUGGGGGCCCGGAGGGAAGCACUGGAGGAGUUUAGCAGGUGCCUUGAGUUACUCUUCCGGGUACAGCCUGUGGCCAGAGUUGUGGAUAAAGGUGCAGACAGAGAUGUAGACCAGGGUUUGAGUAGAGAUGUUAUUAUCUCUAGUGCUGAAGAUGAGCUUCCUUCAAAGAUCUGCCCACCUAUAAGAGUUCUUCAGAAGCUGAAAGUGGUGGCGUUAAUUAGCCGGGGGCUGGAGUGGGUAGCAGAAGGCCGAGAUGCCCGGGCUCUACAGGAUUUCCUCCUUGGUGUGCAGCUUUGCCCAGGUGACCGGAGAGCUUCCUUACAUCUGCUGCACAUCCUUUGGAGGCUAGAGCGGAGGGAAGAGGCCACUGCAAUUUGUCAGAGGCUAGAAGCUGAGGCUGACCAAUGCCAGGAUAACUCUGAGGGUCUUCUUCCCCUAUACUUAGAGUCCUAUGUGAACCGGAUUCCCAUCAGUGAGCAGGAGUCUCUCUUGCAAGAGCUUCGGAAAUCACUGCAGAGGUCUACUUGCCCUUAGUGGACAUUCGAUCCUGACUUCACAGGGAUCUUCUUUGUUUGGCCUCUCUCCUAAUUCAGCCCAGGAGAGUGGCUAAGCCUAGAGUGGGGACUUCAUUAAUGCUGGGGAAAGCCAUGGGUUAUUUCUUCUUCACUCAAAAGUAGAGGGAAGUAUAGGAAUAAUCAGGAAUUGCUCUGUCUCUUUCCCAUCUAUUCAGUUGACAGUCUCCCUAUUAGUGUAUUUUUUUGGCACCUAUUAGCCCAUUCUUUUUUUCCAGUAAAAUCUUCCAUUGGUCUGUCUGCCUGUGCUAUUUAUCUUGUGCUGGAAGUGCUGGUCUCUGACUACAUCCCUUUAUCUGAUACAUUCUAGUGACAUUGGGAGAAUAGUCCCCUACACUCAAUGUGAUUCACUCUUGGAAGUGAAGAUUCCUGUCCUUACCUGAUUUCUUCCUUCACUUAGCUCUUGAGAAAAACACCCCUUAGCAUUUGUUUUGGUGGUGAUCAGUCAU